UGGAACGCCCUGAGUGUCGCGCCGCGAUCAACCCUUGCGCCUCGUCCUGAUUCUCUGUGCCGUUUGUCAGUGAAACUGUGCGUUUUAGUAAAAUUGUGAGAAACAGCAAAAAUUCAUGAUCAACUUUUAGACAAAAAUUUGGCGAUCUUAAGUUCUUCAGGACUUGCGAUCUUUAAAAUAAAAAUUGAAGGAAGCAAGGAAGCAGAUUUAAAUAAUUAGUGACAACUUCCAGUGACCACAAACGGCCUCAAGAUGAUGGGCUUCUUCAGAUUCGACAUGAAAAACACAAAUUUUGCAAAAAACAUCAUUGUCGCAUUUAUUUGCAUAGCAUUAUCGUGCGCAAUCUUCGUCUUCGAUCCCCUGCAGAUGUUUAUAGACGUCCAACUCAAUCUCUCGCAGCACUCCUUUCUCUUCUGGCUCUUCAAGAACCCACCCAUUGGGGUGUACAUCAGCGUCUACCUGUUCAACGUCACCAACACCGAGGCCUUCAUCAGUGGCAAGGAUAAGAAGCUGAAGCUGGAACAAGUGGGUCCGUUUGUGAUCGAGGAGCGCCUGAUUCACGUGAAUUGCACCUUCAAUGCCAACAACACACUCACCUACACGCCACUGCGCACUGUCACCACGAGGGAGGAUCUGUCCGUGGGAAAUGCCUCGGAAAUCGUCCUGCAGAUGCCCAAUAUCGUCGCCCUGGGCAUCUCCGCAGCCGCCGCCGAGAUGUCCUUCUUCUCCAGCUUGGCCGUCAGUUCCGUCCUCAAGUCCUUCAAUGCUGAGCCUGUGAUCAAUGUCACUGCGCACGACUUCAUGUGGGGCUACGAGGAUCCUCUCGUCUCGAUAGCCUCGACAGUGGUUCCUAGCUUCAUACCCUUCAGCAAGAUCGGUCUGGUCGACCGGCUAACCUCCCAAGGCGUGGACGUGGUGACCAUGAACCUGCCGAGGAAAUCCUCCCAAAGAAACCCAGAAAAUACCACGGAAAGCAGCAAUUCUUCCACGUCCACAGCUCGGGAUUACUCCAUCGACAUGUGGAACGGGAGUCCAGGACUAGGACACUGGAGCUACAACAACGCGCCUGGAUAUGAGGAGGAGAAUACGCCGUGCAACACUCUCAGAGGGACAUACGACGGAGGGCUUUUCCCCAAGAAGUUCCGCAAGAAUGAGCAAUUCAGCGUGUACAGGAAGGCCUUCUGUCGGAAGAUGAGGAUCGAGUACACGAAGGAAGACAAGCUAGGCCUGCUGCCAGCCUCGUGGUUCCACUUUGCCAAAGACAUCUUCUACAACAGCCACGACGAUCCGGACUCGGAGUGCUACUGCAGAGACAAGAAGUGCCUGAAGCAGGGCCUAGGAGACAUCAGUCCGUGCUACUACAAUAUUCCUCUCGCCGUGUCACUACCGCACUUUUACAAUUCAGACCCGACUCUGCUGGACCGGAUCGAUGGUCUGUCACCGGACAAGGAGCAACACGAGUCCGUUCUUGCCAUCCAGCCGCAACUGGGCGUGGCAAUGAAGGCCACAAUGAGGGUUCAGCUCAACCUUAUGAUAGGGCAGACAAGGUUUCACUCCCGCGUGAGUCCCUUCAACGACAUGGCGGUACCCAUUCUCUGGGUCGAAGUGUCCAUGGACGACUAUCCCUUCUAUUUGACUGCAGUUCUCACAAUCUUCCUCGUCUUUAUGCCACCGCUUCAGGCCAUUCUUGCCUACAUUCUGAUCAUUGUGGGCUCGUCCAUCAUCAUCGCCAGCGUCUUCACGUUCAUCAUCAACACCAAGUCUUACUACGACGACAAGAACAAGAAGAUCCGCUACUCCUCAGCCAGCGUUGUGCCAUUCUUGCAGCCAAAGGGCCUCGACAGGGACAUCGACAACAAUCUGCUGGAGAAGCUCCACAGCAUAGAGACUCACGACUGAGUUGCCGAAAGCUCCAGCAGAGCUUUGCCGCUUUGAUAUCACCAUCGAUUUUUUUUUUACAAAUUCUAAGUGCUAUAAGACUGUGAUAAAGGUUGCGUCAGAGGGAAAAUAUUCUUCUAUAUUUAAUUACCUUUUUUUAUACAAUUAAAUGGAUGAUGGUUCGUUCCAUUGUGGGCCUCUUAUUGAUGGUUCUUCUAUUUAAGAUUACACUCACUUCUAUCCUUUUUUUUGUAA